CUUAUUUGAUUUAUUUAUUAUUUUUUUGGUUGCAUGCCUCUCUUGACUUUUCUAACAUGGAAUACAUAAAUAUAGAUCUGACUGCCGAGAUGGAAGAAAUCACAAAAAUUAAAGGUGUUAAGGUAUUGAUAUCCAACAUGUAUGUAACGAGGCCUCUGUCCAUGUACAAGAAGUCACCGGAUUCCCUUUUUUCACCUCCGCCAGACGGUCCCAACUCCGGUAUUCUGGUGGUUCAAGACGAUGAAGCCGCGUCCGUGUGUUGUUUAGGGCUGUUCAAGACUAGUUACCUUCAGGGCCUGCCAUUACCUCAGAACAAGAAGCUUGAGAUUAGCUAUGUAGCCGGAGUUGAGGAAACCAAAACCCUUCAUUUCCUGGAUGUCGUCUUCAUCCCGGUUCUCGAUCAGCCUUUGUCUUCCAAUCGGUACUAUGCCAUUAAACCACAUGGCAUGCAAAAAGGGAAGGCAUAUACAAGUUCGAAAGUUGAAGAUGCAGACACUUGCUGUUUCUUUGACUCGGCUCGAGAUGUAGCACCAGAGCCUCUUGAUCCAAGAAACCCAUAUCAACAGUUUGAAAUUUCCAUCCCCAGAAUGACUCUCAACAUUGGGGGCAGUUAUACGGCCAAAUCUAUGGCUACGGAUGGAAUUCCGCCGACAUUUCUGCGGAAGAGAGGAUGGCAAGCCAAUGCCCCAGCUCCCCAAGAAUACGAAUUAGGGGAAGCACUAGGAAUUGACACCGCCCUGCGUGCCCGCCUUCCCGGGUUUGACUUCUCCAUAUCAAGCAAGGGCCCUGAACCUGUGGUGGUCGGAAAAUGGUACUGUCCUUUCGUGUUUGUUAGGGAAGAGCCACUGAAGCUUAGGACGAGUAGAUCAAUUUACUAUGAAAUGACACUGGAGCAGAAAUGGGAGCGGAUCUUUACAUGUAAGAAUGAUGAUAGCAAGAGCAGGGCGGUGGUGGAGGUGGAUGUUGUUGUUAAGAAUGAGGUGGUUUGUGUUGGGGGAAGGGAGGUUUUGGAGGAGGAGAGAAAUUUGGCCGGUGGGUUUAUGUGGCUAAGGGGCGGCGGCUAUGGUGGAGGAGAUAAUAGUUUGGGACUGAGCAUGGCUAUUGUGGAGAGGAUUAGGUGGGAGGAAGAAAGAGUAGGAUGGAUUGGUGGGAAUGAGAAAGAAGUGAAUGUGAAGAGAGUGGAGGAGGUUGGAGGGAUUGGUCAGUGGACCAAGUUUGAUGUCUACGUUUUAAUGGAGAGAUUUGUGUUGAAAAGAAUGGACGGGAGCUUGGUAUUAACCUAUGACUUCAGGCACAUUCAUCAGAUCCGGACUAAAUUGGAAUAAACAAAAGGUAGGAGGAGUUUUCUUUUCUUAUCCUUUUGGUUUAUUAAGUGAAAAUGUCUCUGAACCAAGCGCCUCAAGCCUAUGCUAAAGAAAAAAGGUUGCUACAUGAAUUCAUUCAUCCUGGAUAAGGUAGUUCAUGAAUUCUUCUUCUUCUUCUUUUGAUCAAAGCACCAAUUGAUGCUCCUCUUACACUAAUCACUGCUCUUGCCAUAAAAGGCUCUUAUAGGAGUUCUCAAACAUUAGAGAAACUGUAUUAUUGUCGUAUAUUAAAUAUCUGUUAUUACAUGUCAUAAAUAUCAUGUUGUCUCAAGUAAAUAGCUCUGUUUAGGAAUUCCUAAUGCACUAACUCUUGGAAGUAUAUUUUCUAUUUUUUGAUUUUUUUUUUAUGGGAAACAUUCUAUUUCCUACUCUUAUCAAUGACAGCCUUUCUUGGUGUUUUAGUAAGCAUAUUUUUAUGAACUAAGGUGCAUUUUCUUUCUUUUUUUGUUGUUUUUAAUGGAUCAUUAUUUCAAGAAAAAGAAAAUACCUGU